CCGGGGUAACUGGAUUGACGAGGUCAAAUAGGCAGUCGCUUCUUGUCAAACACUGGAACUCAGCUGCAUCCGAUAAGACUGGAAGCUCCCAACUAUAUUGGGAAAGGCUCGGGAGAUGAUGACUAGCUGUUCGCGCACUUUCUUCCGCUUAUCGUCAGGAUUAAAAGGCUUAUUUCUGCGCAUUCGCAGGAAACAGUACCGUUGGCUUGCAACGUGCUUAAUAUACGAACUGCGUGCGUGGGCUUAUACCUACGUGCUCAUCUUGAAGUCUCGCCACAAAAAAAUAGAAGGCUCUUUAGAGAGCACAGGAACACGCAUCUUGUCAUACCCGAGAUCAAGAAAUAACUCCACCGACCGCUGAUCUUAAUUUGAUAUAGGUCUAGUUAUUUCAGCGCAGGGACUACAUGAAGACAGGCGCUAUCAGCGCACCUUUAACGCAUGACUACCUAUUUACUGUUUUAAUUAUUGUUCUGAAUUUUUAUUAAUUAUCGGUCUUACCUCUUUGCUUUCGAACAAAGUGUCAAUAAUCGCAGUAUGAUAUGUAGUCACAAAAACAAACAGAACUUCUAUUUUUGACAUAGUAAAAAAAUCGUUAGGUAAAAACUCUCUGUAGGUUUAAAAUUCAAAAUUAUAGUGUAAAGCAAAAUAGAAUAUUGAGCGAGCAUGAUCCGAGUGGUGUCAGUAGAGCUGCGCGUAGUGUGCCGACUGUGCGGCGUGGUGCAGGUGCGGCUGAUGGCGCGCGCGGCGCGGCCGGCGUCGGCGCUGCAGCCGCAGUGCUCCGUGUUCCCCAAGGCGCCGCGCAACGAGCGCGUGCUGGAGCAUUGCGCCGGCACCCGCGAGCGCACCAGCCUCACGCACGAGCUCACCACGCUCAGCCGCAGCCCUGAGACCAUCCCUCUCAUCAUUGGCCCGGAGAAAACUAUUUCCGGGGAUUGUUGCGUGCAGCCCAUGCCAUUUGACCAUCAGCAAAUUGCCGCGUACUACCAUCGCGCGUGGCCGGAUACGAUCACAAUGGCCAUGGAGAUGGCCACGGCCUGCCAGCCCAGCUGGGAGCGCACGUCGGUGGACGAGCGCUGCGGCAUACUAGAGCGCGCCACUGACCUGCUGGCCGGCGUGUUCCGCCAGCGCGUCAUCGCGGCCGCCAUCAUCGGACAGGCGAUGACGGCGAUCCAGGCAGAGCUCAACAUGUGUCAACUGAUUGAUUACCUGCGGUUCGGAUGCUAUUUCAUGCGGGAGCUCACCAAGGGUAACAGCGUGAUCGACGGUGGCGAGCAGGCAAUCAAUCACAACCAGUACCAUGGCCUCGAGGGAUUCUGGGCGGCCAUCACGCCGGACAAUUCGCUCGCCCACGCCGCACAGCUGGCUAUCAUACCAACGAUUUUAGGCAACUGUGUGGUCUGGAAGCCUAGCGACCACUCGGUACUGGCGUGCUACCGCGUGCUCGAGUGCCUGCAGUGUGCGGGGCUGCCUCCCGGCGUCAUCAACUUCGUGCCCGCCGAGGAGAACCGAUUCUUAGAGGCGGUGUGCUCGAGCACGGACCUGGCGGGUAUUACCUUCGGGGGUACGACACGCACACUCGAACAUAUAUGGCGCACAGUUGGGGAUCGCAUACAUAGUUAUCUCCGGUUUCCGCGUGUCGUUGGCACGGGCAGCGGGAAGAACUUCCACGUGGUGCACUCGUCCGCCAACCUGUCCAACGCCGUGGCGUGCACGGCGCGCGCGGCGUUCGAGAUGGCGGGGCAGAAGGCGACGUCGUGCUCGCGCGUCUUCGUCGCCGAGUCGGUGCUGGAUCGCUUUACGCAAGCCCUCGCGCAGGUGGCGCAGUCGCUCGUGGUCUGCCAUCCGCUCGACUACAGAUGUUUCACGUCAGCGCUCGCUUCGAAAGACGCAUACUAUAAGGUGUGCUGCUACCUGGAGCGCGCGGCAGCUGACAGCACGGUGCGGCGCGUGUGCGGCGGGCGCACGGAGCCGGCGGUGGGCUACUUCGUGGAGCCCACGGUGUUCCUGGUGCCCGAGCCCACGCACGAGCUCAUGUGCGACGAGCUGCGCGGGCCCGUGCUGGCCGUGUGCGGCUUCCCCGACAACGACCCCGACGCGCUCGUGUGGGCCGUGGCGCAGACGCACUACGCCAUCACGGGCUCUAUAUUCGCUCGAGACUCGGCGUGGGCGCAGUGGGCAGUGGGCGCGCUGCGUGACUUCUCGGCCACGCUGUACCUGAACGACCGCUGCUCCGAGGAGCUGCCGGGCCAGCAGUCGGUGGGCGGCACGCGCAAGUCCAGCUCCAGCGGCGCCAAGGCGGGCGCCAUGUCGUACCUGCUGCAGUUCGCGACGGAGCGCUCCAUCAAGGAGGCGCUGCGCACGAGCUCUGACGUCACCUACUCCUACAUGGACGAGAUGCCGCCCACCGUCGUGGUCAAGUGAUGCUCCUGUGCUGUUGUAGUGGAUGCUAUGUAAUAAAACGUCAGUUUGAGUCGG